CUGGCCUAAUUAUUAGAUUGUUUCGGUUUCGGCGCACUUUCAGCUGCUUCGGCCUCUGUGCUUCUCGCCGGAAUUAAUGGCCGAUUCUCGACCGCUACUGAAGAAUCAACUGGAGUUGCCGGAGUCCAGUGGCAAAGCUCCGCGCGUUGUGUCACUCGACGUCUUUCGCGGCCUCAGCGUCUUUCUGAUGAUGCUUGUGGACUACGGUGGCUCAUUUUUGCCAAUUAUCGCUCAUUCGCCGUGGAAUGGACUUCAUUUGGCUGAUUUUGUGAUGCCUUGGUUUCUAUUUAUUGCCGGAGUCUCACUUGCACUUGUUUAUAAAGAAGUAAAAAGUAAAGUGGCCGCUACAAGGAUUGCAGCAAGCAGGGGUCUGUACCUUUUUCUCCUGGGUGUUCUUCUUCAAGGUGGUUACUUUCACGGGAUAACAUCUUUGACUUAUGGUGUUGAUAUGGAGAGGAUUAGGUGGCUUGGCAUUUUGCAGAGAAUAUCUGUUGGAUACUUGAUUGCUGCUUUGUGUGAGAUCUGGCUAACUUGUCGCACACGUGAAGAAGUAGGGAAUACUAAGAGCUUCUGGUGGCAUUGGUGUGCUAUAUUUUUUCUGUUGUCAUUAUAUAUGGGGUUGUCAUAUGGUUUAUACGUUCCAGAUUGGAACUUCAAAAUAUCAACCACGACCUCUUCACUUCCACCAAAUGGAAGCUACGGUUACAUGGUGAAUUGUUCUGUUCGAGGUGAUCAUGGACCUGCUUGUAAUUCUGCUGGGAUGAUUGAUCGUUAUGUUCUUGGUAUUGACCAUUUGUAUACUAAACCUGUCUACAGAAAUAUGAAGGAGUGCAAUAUUUCCUCCAGGGGUCAAGUUCCCGAGACUUCACCUUCAUGGUGUCAUGCUCCUUUUGAACCUGAAGGUCUUUUAAGCUCUUUAACAGCUACUGUGGCUUGCAUAAUAGGACUUCAGUAUGGUCACAUUCUUUCCAAUGUACAGGAACACAAAAGCCGCACCAGGAGCUGGUUCUCACUCUCGCUUAAGACUUUGGUUCUCGGAAUAUUCCUCGUCUUUAUAGGUAUCCCUGUAAAUAAGUCCCUCUACACAGUCAGCUAUAUGCUGAUUACUUCUGCAUCAGCAGGAAUAGUCUUUUGCGCUCUUUAUAUCUUGGUGGAUGUCCACGGCUAUCGACGCUUGACAUGUGUUCUGGAGUGGAUGGGGAAGCAUGCUUUAUGCAUUUACGUUUUGGUAAUCUCUAACAUAUUCGUUAUUGGGAUCCAAGGCUUCUACUGGAGAUCUCCUAAAAAUAACAUUGAUGUGGUGAUGGAAGAGGAGAGGAGGCAGCAGGGGAAGGACUAUGUGGACCCGCCACCAGCUCCGCUGCUGGGCUUCUCCGAGCUCAAGCUUUGGUCCUUUCACAGAGCUGUCAUUGCUGAGUUCAUGGCUACUCUCCUUUUCCUCUACAUCACCCUCGCCACCGUCAUCGGAAACAAUGCCCGUCCCGGGCCCUGCACCGGCGUCGGCCCUCUCGGUAUAGCCUGGGCCUUCGGCGUCAUGAUCUUCGUUCUUGUUUACUGCACCGCUGGUAUUUCAGGUGGGCAUAUAAAUCCAGCCGUGACGUUUGGGCUGUUGUUGGCGAGAAAGGUGUCGGUGGUCCGAGCGGUAGCUUAUAUGGCGGCGCAGUGUCUCGGAGCCAUUGUCGGCGUUGCCUUGGUAAAAUCUUUCAUGAAGCAUGCUUACAACAGCCAUGGUGGCGGAGCUAACCUCGUCGCCGACGGUUUCAGCCGAGGCACCGCCCUCGGAGCCGAGAUUAUCGGCACUUUUCUGCUGGUCUACACCGUGUUCUCCGCCACUGAUCCCAAGAGAAACGCUCGUGACUCGCAUGUUCCUGUUUUGGCUCCAUUACCCAUCGGAUUCGCCGUGUUCGUAGUUCACCUAGCCACCAUUCCGAUAACAGGCACCGGCAUAAACCCGGCUCGGAGCUUAGGUGCUGCAGUCAUGUACAACAACGGAAGAGCUUGGAGAGACCAUUGGAUAUUCUGGGUUGGGCCCUUUCUCGGGGCGGCAGCAGCAGCGUUGUAUCAUCAAUACGUUCUCAGAGCGGCAGGAGUGAAAGCACUCGGAUCCUUCCGCAGCAACCGCUCUGUCUGACUCCAACCAAAAACCAAUCCUCGUCUUCUACUUCAGUUUUUAAACACUUUUGUGCGUAUCUUCUUGUCGUUAGAAUGUUAAUGGAAUGUUGUUGUUCAAACUAUCAUAGGUGUUAGUACAUUGGAUUGUUUAUUUGAGUUAUAUUCUUUAA